AUGGAAUUUUUAGAAUAUGAGACUACUUUAGCAGUUUGUGAUUCGACAAUAGGACAUAUAAUUAAACAAUUAUUCAAUGAUCUUCCAUCGGCUUUAGACAUAAUAAAGUGUACAAAUCUAAUAUGUAAAAAAAAAGCAUUAACCCCUAUAGCCGUACUUUCUAUAAAUAUUCAAAUUACAAAUGGGACCGAAGCAGCAUCUCAUCCUAAAAUGAAGUUAUCAAAUAUCCCACCUGUACUUAUCAUAAAUGAAAAAGCAUUUGAACUGAGAGGAGAAAAAAACAAAACCUGUAAAAAUUCAACUGUCGCCCCAUGUGAAUAUUUAGUGUAUUCAAUUUGA